AUGGCAGGUUUUAGCACUAUCACGAAGUCGAGGCAAAGAAGGGGCUCGAUAGUAGUUAAGGCAACAGAAGAAGCAGUGAAAACCUCCUCGAAGAGAAGGUUGGCCGCGUUCCACGAGUUGCCGGAUUGGCAAAAGGAUAAUGACCUUAUUUGGACUGGGUACGUAAAAGAGACUAAUUCUAUAAGGGCUUGCCUACGGUCGAUGACCUACUUCAACAACGAAUCUGUGAACAUUUACACCCACUUGGUUCCAAGCAUUACAUACCUAGUGGUGUUGCUGUUAUUGACACAGCUCGUUUUGGACAAAGUGGUCCCGGGAAGCACGUUCAGGGAAUAUUUGAUGAUUAAUUUGUACCUUGUGGGUGCUGUAACUUGCUUGAUGUGUAGCUCGUGCUUUCACUGUUUGAAACACCAUUCUGAAAAGCACAAUAACGUAUGGUCCAAGGUUGACUAUGUUGGUAUCAUAGUCCAGAUAUCAUGCUCUAUCCUGUCCUUGCUUUACUACGGCUUGUACGACCAAUUCAGUCUUUUCCUUUUCUUCGCAUGUUUCACACUCGUGCUUAGCUGCUGCUGCACUGUUUUUGUCUUGCAUGAUAAAUUCAACAGUGUUGCAUUUAGGCCCAUCCGGGCUGUUUUCUUCACCGUGUUUGGACUCAGUGGCAUCAUUCCGGUGCUGGCUGGGUAUCUACACCCUGGGAUUGCAGGAUGGAUGAUUCGGAUUCAGCUAAAAUUCGUUAUAAUAGAGGCUAUUUUCUACAUUUUGGGAGUUGUCCUCUAUGGGUUGCGCAUACCCGAAGCUUUAGCUCCUGGUAAGUUUGACUUCGUUGGCCACUCACAUCAAAUCUUCCACAUCAUGGUUGUCCUUGGCUCUAUUUGUCAUUUUAGGGCUCUUAUUGGAUCAUACGUUUAUAUGAGCACUGGCAAACACUAUAGUGGAUUGCUCAUGUUGUCCUAA